UGAUUUUGAACGGAACGAGGCUCCGUAGUUAUAGUAAACAUGGCGUCCGACAGUGAUAGCGACGGAGAUUUUGUUACUUUUGGAACCCCAUUAGAACCGCUAGAAGAAGAUGAACCUCUGAGGAAGCCUAUCCCGCUGCACCAGCAGACCGUGAAGGAUGAGAAGGGACGCUACCAGAGGUUCCAUGGAGCCUUCACUGGGGGGUUCUCUGCCGGGUACUUCAACACCGUGGGCACCAAGGAAGGUUGGUCCUGCUGUGGCAAAGGAGUGGGAGGCUGACUCACACAAACUCUCACUCAGACACACACACACACACACUUUCUCCCUUUCUUACCCUCUCACUCACUCAGAGACGGUAGCGUGUAGGCCUGUUAAUGUCAUCAUGUGUUGUUUAACCAGCUUCUUUCUGGGGCUUGGAGCUAAUACCAUACUGAGGGACCUCACCAUACCAUAUUAUCACCAUACCAUAUUAUCAC